AUGGCGAUCCCACGAGAAUCCAUGUUCCUCCCGACUAUCAAAUGCUCGUCGUGUAAUCGGGAGGUGGAAAUUUCUAUGAUGGGGGACCAUGUUUGUGCACCACCAGCGCCCGAACUUUCCCCUCCACCAGAACGAUAUGAGGCGUACACACCAUAUAGUCCAGCAUCUCCUGAGAAACCAGGGCGCAUACCUUCAUCAUUAGAUGUCAAUGCCGCCAACCAUCCGUUUCUGCGCCAGGGACAACUGACACCAAAUAGUGAGCCGCGCAGCACAUCGCCAAUUAACGAAAUGGAGUGCUUCUUUGAUGACGUCCCAACACCACAUGAGGAUGAUUUGAUUCUACCAUCGCCGCGCCCCGUCGAUCGUCCUGGGGCUUAUGGAGGCUUUGGCGAGAAGAAGCAUGGGCCGGACUUCCAGCCUCGUUCUAUCAGCCCCAACGGAGGAGUUAACAUGACCUUGUUCAAGAGAAUGGAUACGAUCGCCCCAGGACCAUUUGAUACUAUUCGCAGUCCCUCAGCGCUGUCACCGUCUUUUCCCAAAGAAAUAACCGAAGGCGGCGACAAGUCAGAUGACUUCCUGAGUGCAUCGCCAAAGGAUUAUUUUAAUUCUCGCAGAUCUGCAUCCCCCACAGAUAACAGCAGCAGCAGUCCGUCCGCCCCCCCUCAAAGACCGACGAGAGAUGAUUACGAAGGGUUUGGUCGUCCUUCGACAGCUGAAGCGAGACUUCAGCCUCAGCCUUUGGGAAUGAUGAAUCGCUCCGACACAUUUCCCAAGCUGGGUGUUCGAUCGGAACCUCCAUUACGAACUCCUUCUGCACCAGGUACGAAGCCUGAGCGCAAGGCAGCUGGUGGCCUUGGUCAUGCAUCCAAGCCAUCCAUGGGGCCUGAUACUUCGCGAGCCCCGCCGCCUCGCAAGAGUCUCCUGCAUCCGUCAAAAUCUAGCAAAUAUUCAGGGUCCGUCGAUCUCGCUGCCGAAUUCGGUGUGAAUAACCCCUAUCACACACCGUCAGACUCGACGUCCUCUGGAUUUUCCACUUUCAGCCACCAGAGCCACGGCAGUUCUCAAACUAGUCAGUCAAAAUCUCUUCCCCGACGUGACCCCUCCGAUCUCUCGGCUAUGGAUGGCCUGAUGGAGGACCUCGAGAGCUCAAUGGAGGCUUUGGAGACCAAGGACCUUCAAGCUGGAACCCCUUUGCGGGCCCCUUCACGUACAAGAUCGCCUCUUGCAGAAUCGCCUCUCGAACUAUCCCCCAGAGGUGAACGACCCAGCUCUGCCACUAAAGAUGAACGCCGAAUCGAAAUGCCACUUCAGCGAAGCGAUUCACAACCGAGACCGCUUUACGCAACUUCGCCUCAGGAUCACAUUCAUUACGACAAGGCCCCAGAAUUAAUGCGUGCACAUACACUUCCUCCACCCACUGCGCCUCCCGUUCGAAAGGGAUCCCAGGAUCCCGUGCGAUCUCGCGGAAAUUGCAAAGCUUGCGGCCUAGCUAUCACCGGCAAAAGCAUCUCAUCUGCAGAUGGAAGAUUGACUGGCAAGUACCACAAGGCUUGCUUCGUCUGCACAACAUGCUCCGAGCCAUUCACAUCAGCUGAGUUCUAUGUUCUCAACGACAAACCAUAUUGCGAGCACCAUUAUCACAAACUCAAUGGCAGUCUCUGUGGAAGCUGUGAGAAGGGGAUUGAAGGGCAAUACCUGGAAGAUGAAUUUUCCAUUAAAUAUCAUAUCGGAUGUUUUCGAUGUCUCGACUGUGGCCGAUCUCUUUCUGAUGGUUACUUUGAGGUUGACGGCAAAUCAUACUGCGAAAGAGAUGCCUGGCGCCGAGUACAACAGCCUUACCCUCCUAUGAAGGCGCCUCCAGGGCGAUCACCGUCCGGCUCACGACCUCCAAUGAUGGGUCUUCCGGGCCAUCCAGCCCAGCGGAUGGGACCAGGCAUGGGCCCAGCACCAGGUAUGGGGCUUCCACGACCUCCAUAUGGCAUGCCGCCCCCCGGGAACCGGCUUGCACCCGGUCUUCCUGGACCUUCUGGUCCUCGACCGCGAAUGAACAAGCGCAACACGCGACUUGGCAUGAUGUAA